AUGGCAAGACCGCGUGGACCAUUCGUUUCUCUCCCUCCGGCUUUACUGCCGUCGAACAAGACCGUCCUCACUGGGCGAACAAUUACCCUCGAGAAGCUUCAGCCAAAGCACGCCAAAGACCUCUUCAAUCUCGUUGGAGAAGAAUUCGAGAGAAAUAUCGCAGCACGGUCGGCCUCUCUCGAUCCAUUCUUCUUCGCAAUCAUCGAUAAACGCAGCUCAGUGCCUACCUCCGGUAAGCCUAUCGGGUAUCUUACUUUGAUGCGGAUUACUCCGGAACAGUGGACUGUCGAGAUUGGAAAUGUGAUGCUUUCGGCUGCAGUUCAACGCACAACUGGUGCCACCGAGGCGUUUUAUCUUCUAGCACGACAUGCCUUUGAGGACUUGAACUAUCGACGAUUCGAAUGGAAGUGCGAUUCUUUAAAUUCUCCAUCGCGCAAGGCAGCUCUGCGAUUGGGCUUUACCUUUGAAGGUAUCUUCCGACAACACAUGGUCGUCAAGGGCCGAAGCAGAGAUACAGCCUGGUUCUCUAUCGUGCGAGACGAGUGGGAUAGCGGUGUCAAAUAUGCGAUGGAGAAGUGGCUAGACGGAGAAAACUUUGAUGAAAAUGGUAAUCAGAAGAAAGCACUUCAAGAUUAUAAACUGGGGUCUACAGCAAACUGA